AUUUUUCAUGGUUUUAGUUGUUUUCAAGUUGUGAACGGUUAAGCACUUAAUCAAAAUCGGUUAAUCAAUUAUUUCGUUUAAAAUCUUAAAUAUAAAAAUAAAAUCUGCAAUGAUAACCGAAUUUUAUAAAAACUCUGAAAUAUUUAUCACUGGUGGAUCUGGUGUUCUUGGAAAGGCUGCAAUUGAAAAACUACUUCGAUCAUGUGAUGUUAAAAAAAUAUAUGUUCUGAUAAGGUCUAAGAAGAAUUCUUCACCGGAAGAACGUUUAAGUGAAAUGAAAAAUUCAAAAAUCUUUAAAGUUCUUAGAGGACUCAAACCAGAUGAAAUGGAUAAAAAGUUAAUUGCAAUACCUGGUGACAUAACCCAGGAUUGUCUUGGAAUAUCUGAAGAGUACAAAUUAAUGAUGGCAAAUGUAACAAUUUUCAUCCAUUUAGCAGCUUCAACACGAUUUAACCUUUCACUUCGAACAGCGAUCGAAGCAAAUUUGAAGUCUACUCAAAAAGCUUUGAAAUUAGCUGAAUCUUUUAAAAAUCUGAAAAUAUUCUUGUAUGUGUCAACUUUCUAUAGUAAUCCAGAUGUGGUACAUAUAGAAGAUAAAGUCUACCCCGCUAUUUUUGAUUGGAAGACGGCUAUGAAUCUUCUAAAUUCUGAACAUGACCAAAUGGAACCUGUUUUUCAUGCAAUUGAAUCCAAAUUGAUACAAGACUUUCCCAACACAUACGUUUUUACUAAACACCUUGCGGAGCAACUUGUUAACGAUUACCGACACAAAUUACCUGUAGCAAUUUUUCGUCCAUCUAUUGUUACAGCAGCCUUUCAGGAACCAGAACCUGGCUAUACUGAAUCAAUGACUGGCGUAAUGGGAUUACUGUCUAUUUGGGGCACAGGUUUAAUUCAAGUUCUUCUUUGUAAUCCAAAAUUAAUUUUGGAUUUAACACCAUUGGAUGCAUCAACAAAAUUUUUGCUAAUUUUUACAGCAAAAUCAGCUAAACUUGAACGCAAGAGCAUUUUAGAGAAAACUCCAGUUGGAAUGUUUUCAUCUUGGGGUAUUCUUCGACAUCCUUUCGGAGAGUUUGGAAAAUUUCUUUCAGCUAUAUCUCGAGAGAAUCCUUUGGAAAAGUCCAUUUGGAUACCACAUGUAACAAUGACAACCAGUUCAGUAGUUUAUUGGGUUUAUUUAUUUUGUCUACAAUUAUUUCCUGCAUUUAUAAUCGACGUCUUUCUUAAAUUAUUUGGUCAAAAACCAAUUAUGAUGGCAAUUCAAAGGAAAAUCUAUUUUGCUUCAGAUGCGUUACGUUUCUUCAUUUCCAAUCAAUUUGCUAGUGAUGGUGCAACAGAUUUUAAAGAGCUAUUGGUAUCGACUAAAGGAACAGAAUUUGAUAUAAAUUACUUAGACGGUUGUUGUCGUGACGAUAAAUAUAUGAGGGAAGUCCUUGAACUUCAAAUGAAAGGCUGUAGAAAAUUUUUGCUAAAAGAAGAUGAAUCAUCUUUGCCACGAUGCCGAAACAUUUUUAAAGUGAAAAUGUUUGUAUAUAACGUAAUACGAGCUUAUGUGAUUUAUGUUGUUGGAAAAUUCAUCUAUCGAAGUGUAAUGAACUGAUACAGAAUAUAAGAAACAGAUUGAGAGGGAGAGAGAGAGAUAUAUAUAGAGAUAUCGUUGACUAAUUGUAAUUGAAUUCAAUAUGCUACAUACAAAUACAUACUUUUGAACAAUAAAUUAAAUUAAAGAUAAAGUUUAA